AGUUCUUUCCUCGUUCGUUGUGCAGAUGCGUCACAUCUGUGUGUACUUUGGUAAUUUCAUAAAUUUCCACGAAAAUUUGUACUUUGGUAAUUUCAUAAAUUUCCUCGAAAAUUUGGUCUUGUGCAGUCCUUGUUCGUUCGAUUGUUAGUCAAUUCUAUUAUUUAACCAAUAACUACAUACCCAACAAAGAUGCUAUAAAAUUAUAUAAACUUAUUUUUCUACAGGAUACAUUCUGUGGAUUGGAAACUUUUGUUAUUUUAUCAGAAAACAUUAUAAAAACAAACCGAGCCAUCGCCAGAACUGAAUGAAUCCGAACAAGUUGAAACUUAUCUUUCCUCUGGCAGCCCAAUAUGAUCAAUGUAAACAAAGCGGACGACAAGUGACUCACAGUCAGAAUUUUUUGGUUUAAAAACGCAACUGUCAGGAUAAUUUAAGUACAUUUUCCAAAAUAGUGGAUUUUACCUUCGCCUUCAGGGACUAUGGGAGGAAUGUCUCUCAUCCUGAUGCAUGUAGUGCUGGCAGCUCUUCCCAUUGACUUGACUGGAGGACUAUUUUGGUCUCCUCCUUAUCAUCCAAAUUUACGAUAUUAUGAAGUUAUUGAUUCUUCUGCAUUCAAGCAUCACAUAGUCAAACGUGGAACAAAGGAGAGUAACCAUCGUUUUAAUAAAAUAAAGGAAGUGCAAUUUAAUGCACUUGGAAGGGAUUUUCGGCUGAUUUUGAACCCAAGGAAAGGACUUCUACAUCCUCUUUUUAAAGCUUAUGCCAUAGAUGGUGUUGGCAAUGAAAGAGUAAUUCAUGUGGAUCAUGAGAAUUUCUAUGAAGGACGUGUGUUUGGAGAAAAAGUCUCAGAAGUUUCAGCUCACCUUGAAGAUGGAAUCAUGACUGCAACGAUACAUACAUUGGAAAAUACUUACCAUGUGGAGCCCUCAUGGAGACAUAUCCCUGAUGCCAAAGCUGAAUCUAUGAUAGUUUACAGAGGCUCAGACAUAAAAUAUAGCUGGGAAGAUCAGCAUCCAACCCUUCAAGGUCGUAGGAUGUGUGACUUUGUAAAAGAAGGAAAUGCAACAACAGAGAGUGAGGAUGCUGAAGAAGACUGGUUAGAAGGCUAUGAUACUCCUGAUGAAUCAUCUGGAGAAAUCCAUAAUAAUGGUUCAAAACGUAGAGUGAAACGUCAGAAUGCAGAAGCUUAUAGCAACUUUAAUGGAGAUAAAACCCGCUGCCCAUUACUUCUGGUUGCUGAUUAUCGAUUUUUCCGAGAGAUGGGUGGCUCUAACUACAAAACCACAGUAAAUUAUCUUAUUAGUCUAAUUGAUCGAGUUGACAAGAUAUAUGAAAAUACAGUUUGGAAAGAUACAGUGGAGAAUGGAGGCUUCUCUGGAAUGGGUUUUGUCAUCAAGAAAAUAUUAGUUCAUCAAGAAUGGCAUGUAGUGCAAACAAAUCAUGUGCAUUAUAACAUGGAGAAAGCCUCUUGGGAUGUCCGCAAUCUUUUAGAGGUCUUUAGCCGAGAGUAUUCUCAUAAAGAUUAUUGCUUGGCUCAUCUCUUCACGGAUAUAAAAUUUGAAGGGGGAAUCCUAGGCCUUGCUUAUGUAGGGUCCCCUCGCAGGAAUUCUGUUGGUGGUAUCUGCACUCCAGAAUAUUUCAAGAAUGGUCAUACCCUGUAUCUGAAUUCAGGUCUCAGUUCAUCAAGGAACCAUUAUGGACAAAGGGUCAUUACUCGUGAAGCUGAUCUUGUAACAGCACAUGAAUUUGGACACAACUGGGGAUCAGAGCAUGACCCCGAUCGUCCAGAAUGUAGUCCAAGUGCCAGCCAAGGAGGUUCUUACCUUAUGUAUACAUAUUCAGUAUCUGGAUAUGACAUCAAUAACAAAAGAUUUUCCCCAUGCAGUCUGAGAGCGAUUCGUGCAGUUUUACUUGCCAAAUCCUCUAGAUGUUUUACUGAGCCAGAGGAGUCUUAUUGUGGAAACCAGAGAGUGGAAGGUCAGGAAGAAUGUGAUGCUGGUCUUGUAGGGCAGGAUGAUAUUGAUGUUUGUUGUGAUAAACACUGCAAACUGAGACCCAGAGCUAAUUGUAGUGACCGCAAUUCUCCAUGUUGCCUGAACUGCAAUUUCAUGAAAAAGGGCAUAAGAUGUAGAGAGCAGCAACCUGCAACUUGUGAGAACGAAUCCAAAUGUGAAGGUGAAUCUGCCGAAUGUCCAAAAGCAAAGCCCAUGGAAGAUGGUACUCCUUGCAUUGAAAAAGGUCAAUGUUAUCAGGGAACUUGCCGACCUUAUUGUGAAACUCAGAACAUGCAGAGCUGCAUGUGUGAUACAAUUGAGGAUGCUUGCAAGAGAUGCUGCCGCAAAAAUCUCAAUGACACCUGUUUUCCUGUGAUGCCCGUUGACAUUCUCCCUGAUGGGACUCCAUGCAUUCAUGGUUUUUGCAACAAGGGCAAGUGUGAAAAGACUGUUCAAGAUGUUGUCGAACGUUUCUGGGACAUCAUUGAAGACAUAAACAUUAAUACUGUGCUAAUGUUUCUUCGUGACAAUAUUGUAGGUACUGUCAUCAUUAUUUCUGUCAUCAUAUGGGUACCAGCAUCUUGCAUAUUUAGUUAUGUUGACCGACGACGCCAAGAUGAAUAUCACAAAUAUGUUCGCUGGUAUUACAGUAAUGAGUUGGUUCAUCCUACUGACAGUGUUCGCAUAAUUGACAGUAAAAGAACGAGAGUUCAUGAACCAGGUCGUUCACAAGAGAUUACAAAUCGCACUCAUAAUACAGGGGCUCGAGGUCUUGCCGUAAGAGAUCCUCCAGAAGGAGCAGAAAGUCGACAGACAUUAAAUACUCCACAGUCCCCACCUGUUUCUCAGCAUUAUGCAAAUGCCAUGUAAAGUUAUGUGUUUCUGUAAAUUUUUCUACCUAGAUUAGACAUCUUUUCUAUGGAAAUGAUGGAUGUUUUAUUUGUACAUAAGACUUUAAAAAAAAUGAGCACGAGGGAGAUCUCAACACGUGUCUUUGGAUGCAAAAGUAAGAUAUUAAACAUUGGAUACAAACAAAAAUUUGCAGAGAUUAUUUCAGCAAGUGUCUUUGGAUACAUGAAAUAAUUAGAAAGUAUUUUAAGAUUAUCAUCAGUUAAAACACGUUUGUCCACUGGUACUGUAGUUAUUUUUGAGAACUGGUUAGUGCGCACAUUUUCAUCCUCCCAUUAUAAAUAAUACCAGUAUGUAAAAGAAGUGCAUCAAUAUAUUUAUUAGCUGCCAUGAAUGGUAUAGAUACAGAAUAGUGCCUAAAAUAUACAUCACUUCAUUGCUAGUAUUCAUUAGCUCUAUGGGAUGGUAUGAUGGUCAGAAAUUUAUCACCCAGACAGAAAUCUGAUGAAAGUUUCUUUUGGGGGAAGAUAAGGAAGCUGUACAAUUAUGCAUUUUAUGUGCCAGUCAUAAAUUAAAGUGGUAGUCCCAAAAAUAAACAUUUAAAGAUACAUGUUAGUAACACUUUCUAGAUUGUUUCAAUGAUGUAAAAUUGAAGAUGGCAGCUGAUCUUAUUCAGUUUUGUUUUCAGUAUCACUCAAGUGUUUUUCAGUACUUGUUUUUCAGUAUUCAUGAUACUUUUAGUGUUUAUUAAGAUAAUCAAAUGAAUCUUGUGUAUUUACAUGUAGAAUAAUGGACUGUUCUUGUUCAUAGUAACUUACUUUCAUUGUUGUUAUAUGAUAUUUACUUUCAUGCUGAUUAUUUCAAAAGGUAAUAAUAGGAGUUAGUAAUAUUUAAUUGGUUUGUAAUAAAGCAUAAUGGAUUUUACAUGCAAGAUGUUAACAGUGUAUACUGAUAUUACCCUUUUUGCUUGGUAAUGGAAAGAUUAAUUCCCCCCUCACCUUAGUACUUUGUUUACCAAAGAAUAUGUAUAGUAUAUGUUUAUCGUUUGAUGUGACGUUUUGUAAUUCACUUUCUUUAGUUAGUGACAAGUAUUUUGGACCUAGUAACAGCUUUCAAUUUUUUUAUAUAUAUUUCCACAUUACUUCUUGCUUACAAUUAACCUUCUUUGUGCCACAAAGUAGUUUCUGGUGCUUGUCCCUCUUAAGCUCACCCACAAAAAAUGGAAACAUUAAUAAAGUCCUCAUAGAUGAAGUCAACAGCCUUAUCAAGCUGGAACCCAGGUUACUAACCAAUAUGCAAAACUGUACUUCAUUCAGUUCAGUCAUUUCUUGUAUGGAUGACUUUCUAAGAAAGCUGGAUGAUGAUUUUUUUUAUAGAUAAAUAAAUUUGUGUCACUGGCUGGAAGCAUGUCUUAUUCAUGAGAAUAAAUAAUUGUAAAUUCUUUGCCAUCCCUUCUUUAGCUAAGACAACCUUUGGCAAUACCAGUGUAGUACAUCGAUAUGCACGUCUUACAUCCAUCACUGCGUGCUACGUACGCAGUUGUUGUACUGCAUGGUGUAGUGUAGCUUUCUUGCAAGUAGUGGCAGCCAAAAUUGAAGCCAAAAAUAUUUCUGCUGCUCUGACGCCUCUUCAUAAAUUACUUGAUGCAUGUACAGCAGAAAUAACUUUACUGGCUAUGCUGUAGGCAGCAUUGCAACCUCUGUUGAUAAAUGCUCCUCCAAUUGGGCAAGUAACUUGUGGAAGGUUGCCAUUGUUUUGUUGGAAUGAUUACUCUGUGGAGCAACGACGUAACCCCCGCAAGUAUACUUUGUCACAGAUGGUGGUGGAGUUCUCCUGUGUGGUGUCUUCUCGUUCACUUAUAUAUGCCACAAUAUCCACUGGUUAUAGACAUCUGUGGCAUAUUUUCGAUGUAAUCCAUUCAUCCACUGGAAAGAAAUUUUCUGCACCUACUUUUUCAUGAAUUAAUUUGCACAGUCUGUUGUGUACACUCGAGUAUUUCUCCCCUUUAUCCGUGGGAACAAAUUUGCCUACGCUAUACAUACGCCGUCCUUCUUACCCCCAACAAUUCUCUUUAUAAAAUUGGCUAAUGUUUUCUUUUUCAAACAAACAUGAAAUUUUGCCUUUCCCAAUUUUUUGCCGUUUUCCUCUGCCUUAUUAGUUCAUAAUUGUCUACAUAAAGCUUCACAUACUCUUUGCUACCUACAGUAUGUUCAAGUUUUUUGUAUACAUUCUUAAAUUUUCUUCCCACCAACCAAUUUUCUGCUUGUUUUUUUAAUUUACCAAUUCCACUGUCACAAUAAUACUGUUUUGUGGUAAUGUUUACUUUUCUCAUUAUCCUUUUGGAUAUGGGGUCGACUUCCACACAGGUGGCCAAGGUUGAACGGUGUUAAACAUCUUACAGGACUUUUGCUUGUUGUUUGCUCAUGUGCAGUUUGAUAUUUGAAGAACCUGUUUGAAACAAUAUUUAUUACUGACAUUCAUAGUAGACAAUCUUCCCACCAAGUGAUUUCAAAGUGCAAAUUAUAAGCCAUGUUAAUGACAUUCUACACUAAACCAAAUUAAAUUGGGCUGUUGGCCUUUGCCAGAAGUCAACUUCUCCCAAUAUACAUUACUACCACUGGCUAUAUUUAUUUUAAAUUAUAAUUUACACUAGUCCCACAAAUUCCUGCACCUCAUAUACCACACUACACUAGGAAUGAGACAGAGAUCUGCUCACACAUGAACAAUAAUACUGGCUUACUGCCAAUUUCUUUCAAGAGGGAUUGAGUCAUCAGGGACACUUUCAUGGAGUUAUUUGAAUAAACUGUUUAAAAAUGAUAUACUACACAGGUUAUAAAUAUGUUGUUAAUGUUUUUAGACUUUAUAAUAACACUCAUCUUUUGUUGUUACUAACUUAUUAAUUAUUAAGUAGUCACCAGUACAUAUGUAACUGGAAGGCUGAUGUACAAAGUUAAUAGAAAAAAAUGCUAAUUUCAACUUUGUAAGAUAAACAUUUGCAAAAGACGUCAAUCCAAGACCACUUAUGUUGAAACUUUAACCAAUUCUGUGGUUCUCUUGAUGGUUGGACGUAUAAUAUUCAGUGCUUAAUAUGACAAAUGGAUUUUGUUGUGCUUCUAGUAUAUUAAACAAAAUGGUUCUUAAGUCUAUGGACAAUCUUGUAUAUUAUUUUCACUGACUGUGUCCUAUAUAUGUAGAAAUUUAGUUUUCCACUCAUAUGACCUUCCACCCCCCCUGUUCUUCCAAAUUAUUUUGAUUCCCUCCAAUUGUAUGCCAUACAAAAAAAUCCUGCAAACCUGACUAAAUUUGUAGAAUUAAUGUUCUUGAAUCAUUUAGGUAUUUACUUCCUCUAGUACAGAAACUCCUGCAGCUUUGUGACUUGGCAUAUAUAAGUUUAAGCAUUUUUAAACCACCCUAGGCUUUAAUACAAAUGAUCCUUCCACUAUCUUGAAUGUAAGCCUAUCUUUAAUCACCUUAAAGUUUACAACACACUGCACUCUUAGGCCAAAUAAUGCCCUAAAUGAGGGUCUUUUUAGGUUAAUGGUAGGUGUGAGCAAAAUAAGAGACCUUUACAGUAAAGAUGAAUGUUAUUUACUAUUUGCAUGCACUAUAAUACCCAUAAAAAACAAUGAUAUUAAAUGGUGUCUGAAUAUUUCUCAUCUUAUACACCUGGAAAUUUAAGGAAGCCCUUAUCUGUACAAUACGUAGCACUUUCUGUGCCUUCACCUGAAGCAAAUUUUACCAAGGUGAUGCAGUGAAUGACAAUUCUCAUAAUUUACUUCAGUAUUGGAAUUUGUAUGAUCAAGAACUUCUUAAAUACCUCUGUAAAUAAUAGAAAAUUUAGAUCUCUGCAAAAGAAUCAAGUAAAGCUUGUGAUAGUUUUCAAUAUAUGAUUAUAUUCAUAUGCACUUUUGUAUAAUUUCACUAGACUCGGGUACACAAGAGUGUAAAAGUCAUUUUGUAGAUAUUUUAUCUAUUUGCUUAAUGGUUGACUUAAUAACUAAUGAUAUUUAAAAGAAAAUCUUUUAUCAAAUGAUUAUACAAUGUAUUAAUUUAUGAAUGUUUAACACUUACUGAGGAGCAACAUAUUUUCAAAACAAAAUAUUUUUAAACUUCAACUGGUAAUACAUAAACUGAAUUUAUGUUGGUGAUCAGAAAAGUUUCACAUUCAUGUACAUAGGUACGUAGUACACAAAAAUAUAGGAAAUCCAUGUGUAAGUGACAGAAGUACUAAUUUUUUAACCAUGCUAUAAAAUUUUAUAACUAUCAAAAGAUCUCGCAUAAUAAAUUCUAGACAGUUAUUUGGUUGAAAGAAUGCAAAUUACAAAGCAUUUCUUUUAAAAAAAAAUGUUGAAGUAUUUACCUGAUUAUGAUACUCAAUACUGUAGAUAUAUUUGUUAAUCAUUUAUAACUGUAUACAUACAUGGCUAAACAUUUAAUGUUGAUUUAACCCUUUAAGUGUACAUGUAUAAAAAUGUGAUAUAUUUGUCUA